GAAACCUAAAGUUUUGCCUUCUGAUUCUUAAUCAGCCUUUGAACAAAGACCAUUUUCAUCAUUUAUGGAAUAAAGCAGUUCUGAGAGCAUGUGCUGAUGGAGGUGCUAAUCAUUUGCGUUGUAUCACCAAUGGAAACUGUGACAGUUUUCUGCCUGAUUAUAUCAGUGGGGACUUUGACUCUAUUUUACCUGAAGUAAAAGAAUAUUAUAUAGAGAAGGGAUGUGAGCUCAUACAGACACCAGAUCAAGACUUAACAGAUUUCACCAAGUGCCUUCAGAUACUUCAACAGAAGAUAGAAAAAAGCAGCUUGCAGAUGGACAUGAUUAUAACUUUGGGUGGACUUGGAGGUCGCUUUGACCAAAUCAUGGCAUCUGUGGAAACCCUCUUCCAUGCAGUUAAGAUAACCUCUUUUCCCAUCAUAGUUAUUCAAGAGUGUUCCUUAAUAUACCUACUUCAACCUGGUAAGCACAAACUUCUUGUGAACACAGGACUUGAAGGGAAGUGGUGUGGUCUAAUUCCAGUUGGGAAUCCUUGUGAAUGUGUAACAACAACAGGUCUAAAAUGGAACCUCAAUAGAAGUAUUUUGAAGUUUGGAACACUUGUCAGCACAUCAAAUAGUUAUGACGAAACUGGGAUAGUGACCAUUGAAACUGACAAGCCUUUGCUUUGGACAAUGGGAAUUAAAGAUAAAGGAGAUGUUUGAAAGAUUAUCACCCUACUUAGUUCAACUUGAAAUUCAAAAAUGAAAUUUUCUGGAAUCUCACCCACUAGGAAACUGAGAAUUUUAUUCUGCAAUUAUUUCAUUGUGCUUUUAUAAAAAUUCAACAUUUUUGUUUUUAAAGUUUUUAGUUUUUAAAAUGAAGCUUCAAUCUAUUGAAUGCCAUAGAUUUUAUGAUAUUUUUUUGAAGCAAAGCUGCAUUUAUGUUUUUAGAACCUGAAAUUGAAUGUAUUUUUAAAUUACUCUGUAACCAAUGCAUAGAAAAGCUGCUUUAAGACAUGUAAGAUGGGUAAUCAAAAGUAGAUAUAUGCAACAUUCCAUGCUGUAUUCUAGCUGUUGCUUUUAUGCUCAAACUCUUUAGCAAAACUUUGCUACUGGUUAAGAAUAAGCAGUGCCUCUUAUUAGUUAUGACUAAUUAAUACCCAUAUAAUAUGUUACUGUGACUAAAAAAAAUGCAUGCAAAAUUAGUCUAGAAAAUGCAAUACAAAUCAAAUAUUGCAUGGGAGUAGAAACAUCCAUACUCCCCUGCAGCCCUCAACACACACCUGUGCAUAAGCAUAAAGCCUGGCUUCACUCACUCUGCUCUAUCAGAGAUCUUCUAUCUUUUAUCCACUGCAUGGAAAAGUACUCAGUAAAUUCUACUCCCAUUAAUAGAGCAGUAAUUUUUAUCUCCCACUUAUUGGUCAAAUAGUGACCAGUAGCUGGGGUUUAUUUAUGACGUAGAGGACACAUAAAUAAAUGGCCCACAACAAUAACUUAUUUUGUUUACAUUAAAACAUAGGAAAGAUAUAAAGAAACUGUUAUUUGUUUGCUUUAAAACAACAUAAGAAAAAUAUAGUGAAACUGUUAUUUUGCUUGCAUUAAAACAUAGGAAAAAAAGAUAUAGUGAAAUUAUUUGUUUGCUUGCAUUAAAAUGACAUAGGAAAGAAAUUGUGUGACAGUAUCGACAGAACAGGAAAUGAGUUUGUAUGUAUAGUGUCUAAUAUGUGCACUUUAUCUCCUGAUCCCAUGGCAGCUAAGUAUCACAUAGGUCUCUGCAAAUAAAAUUAAAUCAGAAUGAAUUCUACAAUGUAAGCAGUAUUAAUUAUAUUUUAUCUUGGCUCUAUUCUUACAAAUGUUGUUCCUUAAAGCUUGCCAAAAUGUAAUGGAAUUAGUUCUUUUGGAAAGCAAUGUCAAUUAAUACAUUGUAAAUAAGACCUACGAUUGCCUUAAUAAAGAUAUAAUUUAAA